UGGUUUUUUCAUGCCGUCGAGUUUUCUCGCGCCGCUGCCGCAACGGAUGGUUCUCGCUCAGUAUUCAGAAGCGCCGCAGCGCGCCGGCGUGUCGAGCGGCAGUGGUAAUCGGAAGCAAGAGGCGGUGGUUUCUGGCGUCCGUGGAGGGAAGGUGGAGGAAACAACGGCGAAGGUCGGCGACGGCGUUUCGCCGGUGGCCCGAGGGUGCAGGCAGUUCUGGCGCGCAGGAGAUUACGAGGACGCCAAUGGCAUUAUUCCUGCCGCUCACUCUUCCGGCGUUGGAUUGGAUCAUGUGAGAGUCCACCCAAAGUUCUUGCACUCUAAUGCUACAAGUCAUAAAUGGGCGCUUGGAGCAUUUGCUGAACUUCUCGACAAUGCUGUUGACGAGAUUGUUCAUGGAGCCACUUACGUAAACGUGGACGUCCUCAAUAACCGGAAAGAUGGCUCCAAGAUGCUUCUAGUCGAAGAUAACGGCGGCGGAAUGACGCCGGACAAUAUCCGGCAAUGCAUGUCUUUGGGGUAUUCAGUUAAGAGUAAAAGUUCCAACACUAUCGGCCAAUAUGGAAAUGGGUUUAAGACGAGUACAAUGAGACUGGGGGCAGAUGUGAUUGUGUUUUCCCGCUGCCCAGCAGCUGACGGUAAAAGCCAAACGCGGAGCAUUGGGCUGCUCUCAUACACCUUCUUGAGGUCGACCAAAAAGGAAGACACUGUUGUUCCCAUGGUUGACUUUGAGCAAACAGGACAAGGUUGGAAGCGGUUGAUAAGGUCAACUUCAGAUGAUUGGAACAUGAACAUGAGAACUAUCCUCUUGUGGUCUCCUUUUGUAUCCGAACAGGAUCUCAUUGGCCAGUUUGACUACCUGGGAAAUAAAGGUACCAGAAUCAUAAUCUACAACCUAUGGGAGGACGACGAAGGACAAUUGGAGCUGGAUUUUGAGACCGAUCAAGAGGACAUUCAAAUCAGAGGAGCCAACAGAGAUGAGAAGAACAUAGAGAUGGCCAAACAGUAUCCCAACUCCAAACACUUCCUCACUUACAGACACUCAUUAAGGAGCUAUGCUGCAAUUCUGUACCUGAAACUCCCAACCGAGUUUCGAAUUAUGCUGCGCGGCUCAGAAGUUGAGCAUCAUGAUAUUGUCAAGGACAUGAUUGAGCCUAAGACGACGACUUACAGACCACAGCAACUUGCAGAUGGAAUGUCGAACAACCAUGAGGUUAGUGCAGUGCUGAGUAUUGGAUUUGUGAAAGAUGCUCGCCAUCACAUUGAUGUGCAAGGGUUCAAUGUCUACCACAAGAACCGGCUAAUCAAGCCUUUCUGGAGGGUCUGGAAUGCUGCAGGAAGUGAUGGCCGUGGCGUCAUAGGCGUUCUGGAAGCAAAUUUUAUUGAGCCAGCACAUGAUAAACAAGGGUUUGAGCGCACAAUAGCACUCUUGAGACUGGAGGCAAGAUUGAAAGAUCACCAGAAGCAGUUCUGGACAAGCAAGUGCCAUGAGAUUGGGUAUUCUCAAAGGGUGAAACCGAAAAAUACCACUCCAUCAUCUAGCAAGAAAGCUAAUAACAAUAUCGUCAGCAAAAGCAGUCCUCCAUUAAUUCAGGAUGGAGAGAUUCUUGCCCUCGCUGGGUCUAAUGAGAAGAGCAAGAUGUCUGGUCUAAAGCGUUCUGAAAAUGGUUCAUCAGAAGAAGAUGGAGAGGGAAAACUAUAAAAAAUCGUUCUAUUGCUUUAAAAGAUGAAGAAAUUAAUUGUGUCUCAAAAGGUGAAGGUAAGUUCAAUCUGCUGCAAAGCUUAGAAGAAGAAAGAGUGAAGAGCAAGAAACUAGAAACUGAGCUUGAAGAGAAGACCAAAGAGCUGAAGGAAGUUGAAAAGGAAGCUCAAACUUCGCUUGACGAUAUUGUGGUGCUGAAACAAAUGAUUAAGGAAGAGAAGGAAUGGAGGGAUGCUAUUGAGCAGAAUUUGAGGGAAAGUCUCAAGAGUGCUGAGCAGACCAUUGAGACAUUGCAGGAGAGAGUGAGGGAGCUUGAAGGAGGUCAGGUGGAAGAUGGAUCAGGGUCUAGCUAAACACAGUUUUACUCAGGAAUCCACCUCGGCAUGUGAUUCUUGUAGAACUGUAGUUUUCAAUUGAAAUGAUGUAUAGUUUGAUUAGUAGAGGCUAAUAUUUUGUGGAAACAUCUGAAAAGAAUUUGACAUUAAUCCUGGAACUAGAUUCUUAUCUUGUUCUCUGAUAUAAUGUAAAUUGUUACAGUCCAUCUAAAUCUAAUAGAAGAAUAGUUCAGUUUACCUG